CUCUAUAAACAAAACCGAUAACUCUGGCCGCACGUGUUGAAUUCGGUUUUUGUUUUUAUUUGAUUGCAUUUCGUUUAAUUUAACAAUGACAGACUUUGAAAUGGAAGAAAGUGGUUCAGAAUAUGAAUCGGAAGAUAAUUCUGAUGCUGAACUGCAAGCGGCAUUUGAACGUGGCGAUCUGAAGCCAGGACUAAAUGUGGAAUAUUAUGGAGAACGGCAGAAAGUAAACGAUAUUGCAAAACUUCUGGCUAAAACGAAGGAAUUCCGCUUGGAGUUGCCUUGGCUGGAACGUUUAGAUAUGAUAAACAAUCCAGCCCCCUUGGCUCCAGAACUAGCCGUUCAACUUGAGAAGCACGAACAGAAGCGUGCCAAUCAGUUCAAAGGCAAUGCAAAGAUCCCAUACAUAAGCCCCGAAGAAGAUCCCGUUCUGAAUGACUUCAAGAGGGAGAUGCUUUUCCAUCGACAGGCCCAGAGUGCUGUGCUCGAAGGCAUUCCCCGGCUCCAUGAAUUAGGAAUAAAGACACGCCGUCCCGACGAUUAUUUUGCCGAAAUGGCAAAAUCAGAUGAGCUGAUGCAAAAGGUGCGAUCUAAUCUACAGGCUAAGCAACAGGGUCAAGCCAAAUCUGAGCGCAUCAAGCAAAUUCGUGAACAACGCAAAAUGGGCAAAAUGCUAGCCAAACAGACCAAGGUGCAACGAGAAGCCGAAAAGAAGGAUAUGCUGGACAAGCUGAAGAAGUUCCGCAAAGGCAAGCUGAAAAAUCUCGAUUUCCUGGACGAUGCCAAGGCCUUAGAAGCCAAGCAAAAGCAAUCUGCACAGAAUCGUAAACAGCGAAACAAAAAGUUCGGAUUUGGUGGCAAAAAGAAGGGUCUUAAACGUAACACUAAAGCAUCAGCGGCCGGCCUGGAGACGGAGGGUAAAUCUCGCCGUCAACGUGGUGUCAAGGCCGGAGCGUCAGUAAACAAGCGAAUGGGUAAAUCGCGACGUAUCAAAGCCAAAGGAAAGAAAUAGAUAGACCUGAAACCAUGAACUUUGCAUAAGCUAACUAGAAUUAUUUUGAACUAAAGGAACUAAAAAUAAAACUACAAUUAAUUCA